GAAACGGCACAGCAGGACCCCUGUCUGAGGGCUCAGCCGCGCCUAAACCCAGCCUGAGAGUUUUACAACAAAAGACAACAAGUUGGAGAGUGUUUUUCGGCGCAGUUACACGGGAAUUCAACCCGGGACGGGAGGAGAACAAAGGGGAGGGACGGUCUGACUGAGCUGAUGGACUCGGAGAUGAGAUAGCGCUCAUACCCUGCCCCAGCUCCCCAUCCAUCUUCUUCUUCUUCCUCUCGGUUGAUCGGACGGUUGCUUGUCUUACCGGAUGAUGUGACAGUUUUAUGACAAUCUGUCCUCGGAUUUUCACCACGUGAUCAUACUGUUUAGUUACCAGCCCACGGUGAUAUCCGACAACCCGGGUAUAGGUGAGGGGGGCUCGGCUCAGCGGGACCGUGGCGAAGCGCUCAAUUCCCCGGCUUUCGUGAGCAGUGGUGCAGUCAUGUGGGAGAGGAUUCAGAUUUGCUGCGCACUGUUUGCACUGUAUUCAGCGGCACCGCCUGCACACAUCAACCGCCUGGCGCUGUUCCCUGACAAGAGCGCCUGGUGCGAAGCCAAGAACAUCACACAGAUAGUCGGGCACACGGGAUGUCAGCCUCGCUCUAUUCAAAACAGAGCUUGUCUGGGUCAGUGUUUCAGUUACAGCGUCCCCAACACAUUUCCACAGUCAACCGAGUCUCUGGUCCACUGUGACUCCUGCAUGCCUGCCCAGACACAGUGGGAAGUGGUGACGCUGGAUUGUCCGGGCAGCGAAGACUCUCCCCGGGUGGAUAAGCUGGUGGAGAGGAUCUUCCGCUGCAGCUGCCAGUCGUGCAGUAAGGAAGGUGCCCAGGAGGGGGCGGUGAUGCAGCUGUAUCCAGCAGACAACAGCCUGGAUCCUGUCCCGUCUUUAUCAGACAGCGGGGUUCAGUCUGACCCCCUGCCCCACACAGACACGCACUCCUACAAGCAUGCUCAACUACACACAGACCAUCACUCACUACCGCACACAUCAGACGGGGGGUAGGUCUGUUAUCUUGUUGCUCACUCCAGGGGACUUUGCCGCCCUCCCCACUCUCCCCCGACACUGCAUCCUCUGUACCAAUCUGUAGUAUUUUAAAGGCACUUUGAAGAUAUGACUUCACUUUGUGUUAAAGCGUUUCUCUAAAGGCACACACAUACGCACACACACACACUCACAGAGUCAUGCUAUCAGACGGUGUGUAUGAACUCGUCCAAACGCAAAAGCCUGUGCACUCUUUUGUUUGUUGAUUAGCACAUUCAUGUGUGUGUUUGCGCAUCCAAACAUGACUAUAGUCUGUUAAUAAGCUGCAGUCUUUUAAUCUGCUUCAAAUGCAUUAAAGUCAGUUGGGAUAACUCUCUUUAGUUGUCGUGUUUAUCUGAAAGCUUUCCUGCUGCUCUGUCACUUUUGUUUUUUAUUUU